AGAGCCCCCCCUCUGCGCCCAGCUAUCGCCAUAGCCAUCUCUGCCGACGCCCUUGAGCUUGGCCUAAAUUUAGUGGAGGUGUGGCGAGGGAGUCUUAAGCGAGGGUACCUUCCUUUCUCGACCUUCUGGCCAACCUAGAAGUUCUUCUUCGCUUGUGCGAAGGCAGCAGGGAUUUCAAGUGGGAGCAGCGAGGGUCGGGAGAUUCUUUCUUCGAGGAUUUUGUCCAAGAUGGCAGACGCGGAGAGUUGGUGCCGCUGCAAUGGCUAGAACAAUGGCGACGAUGAAGAUUACAACCAUAAGCAGGCAGUCCUCGUUAUCUUUCCCGUUGUGGUAUUCUAUACCUAUCUCACCUUUGUGAAGCGAAAGCAGCAGCAGCCUGAUUGCGCGAACUCGAGUUUUUGCUCACUGAUGUACUCAGUCAUGUACGUCCGUCGUCCAGGAUUCAGGGACCGAAAUUUUUGCGUUUCUUAUCUCGUAGAAAUAGGCAGAGGAAUCAGAAACAGUCAAAGAGAUUGAUCACGAGCUUUGACAAUCAAGCUCGGCUAUCACCUGUCCUAUUUGUUCCUAAUUGGAGACAAUAUCUGCGAGGUGAGUGGAGUCUGCAAAGACUAUUGUAGUUUGACCAGAAGUUGGGGUCACUUGUGACUUUCUCGCGAGGAUCGAGUUAUUCAGAGUACUGAUCCUUCGAAUACAAGUUUAGGUGGUAUACUACCUUAAACAUAAUAGCGCUGGAGCUGUAGCUCCAGCAUUUCAAUCUCACACACUACAAAUAUGUUACCGGGAGUCGAAGUGGCGCGGAGGCGUCGGAUGCGAGCUCCUGCACAGCGUCGAGAACUAGAUUCUCCCAGCACCUAUCAGUUUUCUUCUUCAAACUUUCCAAUUGAAGGGCGUCGCUCAAGAGGGAAUAAUAGUUCUGGUUCUUCCAAUUUGGCUCACCACCACCACCUGCACCACCACCAUCAUCACCACCACUAUCAUCACCAUGUAUCGCGCUCAGCUUCCCGAAACCCGGCUGCUUUGUCCACUCAAGUUCGUCGAUUGCAAGAUCUUCUGCAGGAGCAUCGUGCAGCUGCCUCUCAGCAACAAAAUAGCAACUUGAGCUUCUCAUCUUCAUCCAGCUCUCGGGAAGGACAUUCAGGAACGGGAUUUCGGAGUUCUCGAGGUUCCCGAGUAGAGGAACCCAGGCUAUCGACACUGGCAAUGAUGUUAAGAGGCCAAGCUCAUGAACGAAGGUUGCAGGGGGCAGCCAUGGAGGCUCGUGAUCGAUUAGAUGAACGUUUACGCUCCGCAGCUCUGCCCUUGAGGUUUUCCGCCAAUUCUCCCAGAAGAAAGGCUACUACCUUCAUACGAGACCGAUUUUGUGCGCUCCUGACUUAUUUCAGACAAGCAUUAAGUUCGCUAAUGACAUCGAGCACCACACAGUACGAGACAAGCGUACUCUUCUCCGACUCAGAUGACAACGAGAAUUUUUGGAGCGACGACGAAGAGUGGGAGCACGCUAUGCGGGAGUGGCUCACUGCAUGGGUUCCCAGUCUCGAAGACCGGUGGCAGCCAGACCUCUUUGGCGGAAACCAUCAUCAUCACCACCACCACCACCACCAUCGCUCAGCAGGAGUAGACCCUCAUCUCCCCCUCAAAUCCCGAGAAGGCAUGAGCAAAGAUGCAAUCGAUGCCAUCAAGCGGGAGACUUACGGUUCGAAGAAAGCAUCCCACAGCGACCUUGACCAGGAAGAUUGCUCGGUUUGCCUAGAUAAAUUCAUUACAGGACAGAAGCUCCUAGCUCUUCCGUGUAACCAUAAGUUUCACCCCAACUGCCUGACUCCCUGGUUGGAGGGCCAUGAGCAGUGCCCGUAUUGCCGAGCUCGAAUCACCAUGGGGACUUCAACACUCAUCCAACCACAACAACAACAGCAACAACAGCAACAACAGCGUCUGAGUGCCGCCGUUGUCGAGACCGAAACCUCUUCCCAUACGAGUUACUUCGUGUCGUGGAUGUCGGUAGUAGAACAGGGGAUGUCUCGCUUGAGCCACGGCACAUCCUGAUCCUCUAACGUCUAGUUUUGUACAUGAGAGAAGUCAUUCUAGAUUCUGCAUCACGUAACGUUCAUCAUGUAUCUCCUACAUGCAUAGUUAGAGCGGAGAAACUGUGACAUCACCUCGGGUGACGCACCCACACAAGAUUGCUCAGUUAUUGCUUGCACCCUCAGGGCCUCCAGAGCUUCGUUGCUGUCAGUCAGAAAUAUAGGCCAUCAAAGUAGUGGUUAGUUUGGAGCUUUCCUUGGGAGCUGAGCCUAGCAACUGAUUCAACGUGAUGAAAAAACUGAGUCAACUUCCCACCGACCGUAGCACUGAGUGUGACAGGGUUGUCCUUCCAUGAGACGAAUGAUGUGUUGUUGCAUACGCCUUAGACAACCCAUCUUUAACGUUUGUUUCAAUCACUGCGAGUCUCAAUAUUGUGCAUUGUCUUGACAACAUUUCUUUUUCCAUUAGAUCAAAUGAUUGAGAAUGCACAAAGAUCAUAUUAUACUCGGAA